AAAGGGAUAUUGUCUCCCGCCACCAUAGUUUAUUGGCUAAUUGUACUUCCACCACAUCCCCAAGUUGGUUCUGCUGAAACUGGCACUCCAUUGCUACAUAUGCAGCACAGGAAUUUUCGUUCCGGCAAGCGCAGGGUGCUUAGAAUAUAGUUUCGGUCGCGAGACAUUAAAUAACACUGUCAAAUACAAAGUUUCAACCUCCUUUCGGCAGCAUCCAAACUCUUGGCAUAACACCUUAAAUCCCUUUUUCACCAUUGCAAUCUUGGGGUAUUACAACAUCCCCGUCACGUCUGAGAGGGCCACAUAUUUGUUUUCGGAAGUCGCCCGAGGUGCCAUCUAAUACCCAGACCUAUCCAAACACGAAACUUCACCCCAAAUGACAAACACCGAAUACACACCGCCCUCUCUGGCGCAGCACGGAGAGUUUGAGCUAGAAGUUCUCGAGGUGGACAAACAUUGCUCCCAUAACCCCUCGCCCUAUCGUGACUCCACGUCCGGCUCUGAAGCCGCCUUCGACAACGAAACAAUCGAACGUUUACUCCAGGGAAGAAAGUAUCCCAGAACCGUCAAAGGAAAGAUUAUCCGGAUUGUCAAAUUGAUCUGGACCGGCCCCGAAACCCCCUCUGACGAGCCUACACCGCGCUUUCGCGCCCUAAAGCGUCUCGAUAACCUCCCUGGGAGCCUCAAAAAAACGUUACCACUAUGGCUACAAGUUGGUAUAGUCUCCAUAUAUCUUCUCCUUUGGCUCUGGCUUUUAUCCCUGGUUCUCCUCCCGUAUUUGACCCAGAUUCCAACGUAUAUCGACUCCAACGGGAAGCAGAUGGAGGUCAUCAGCGUGACGUGCAACCAGCAGAAACUCUUCUGGAAGGGAAAAAACACCGCCUGCGGUCUCAACGGGAAGGCCUGUGAGCCAUUUGACAAAGAAGACGUAGUUUUCAGAUGUCCGGCCUUGUGUGACCGCGAGAGUUUCACCUUCUCCUCGAUCCCAGUGGGCGACCAGACCGUUAAAUACCGAGGCUACUUCAUCGGUGGCGGGGAUGUCUAUCGAGAAGUUUCUGAAGACCAGAACGAGCACGAACUAUCUCUUCCAUAUCGAGCUGAUUCCUAUCCUUGUGGAGCUGCCAUUCACGCUGGAAUUAUCUCCCCCUUCUUUGGAGGGUGUGCCAGAAUCUCGUACACCGGAGAACAGGAGCACUUUCCGUCCAAGAUAGGCCACUACGGAGUCUCGCCGUCGUUAGAAUUCAAUUCCUUCUUUCCAUCCUCUUUCAUUUUCAAGAAAUUACCCAAAGUAUCUGUCAAUCAUGAUCCACGCUUGGUGGUGACGCUUAUGAACAUCAUCAUGGGAAUUCCAGUGGUUUAUUUCGCUCCUGCAGUUGUUUCCUUCUGGACCAUGUUUACUGUGGCAUUCUGGACGAUUAUCCUUGCCCUUGAUCCUCCCUACAAGAUCGACCCCUCCGACCCUGAGAUGCUAGCAUCGUUGGUCAGUCUCGGAUUGGAGCGCUUCCUUCCGUCGUGCUUCAUUGCCUUCACCAUGUGGCAUGUAGCCGUGCGCCACACGAUGAGCGACCCACCAGAGCCGUUUUUACCCUCUCCAUUCACGAGGACCCUCUUCUGGUACCCGGUGUUCUGGUUGGGCGUCAUGAACAACUUGACAUUCGACCGAUUGCCGGUCGACCGACUCACAUGGAAAGACUUGGCAUCUCAACCCGGAGCGUUGACCGCCGUGUCCUGUAUCUUUUCAGUGAUUAUUCUUGGUGUGUUGAUCCAGGCGUACCAGCUUUGGCAUGCCGGAAAGUUUAGAAAGUACCUUGCCAUAUACCUGUUGUUUGUGUUGGGGUUGGUGUUACUUUCCCAUUUACCGGGUCUUACCUUGCGAGUACACCACUACAUCCUUGGGAUGUUGCUCAUUCCAGGAACGCGGACCAGAGGGUCCCAGGCCUUGUUGUUCCAAGGUGUGUUGAUUGGCUUGUUCAUUAGCGGCGCGGCAAGAUGGGGGCUUGCUUCCAUCCUGGAAACAGACACCCACUUGAGAAGAGAGGACCCCGAUGAACGGGUGUCGCCGCCGUCUUUCUUGGGGUAUCACAAUGAGACAGGCGUUUUAUCGUGGCAUCCGACAGCGCAAAAAACUGAAAACGGGACCAUGGCUGUUGUGACCGGGAAGUUCGAUGGAUAUGCGUUGAUGAUCAAUGAUAUCCAACGGUAUGAAGGCAAGGAGAACCAUAUAAAUAUGAAGGAGUUGAUCAAAGGAAAUCCUGACUUUGAAACGCUAGUGGACCAUGCUUUGGAGAGUGAUUUUGAUAACGACGGGAAUAUUCUUCUCUAUUUACGGGUCGCUAGGGCGGUGUCGGGGAAGCGUAAAUACAGUGCCUUCACCCAAGCCGCCAUUUUGAAGUGGCCCAGUGGUGAGUUUACCGCUGCCAAAAGGGGAAUUACCUAAGAUCAGAUAUGUAUUUUAGUUCGCUCAGCCGGAAAAAAAAAGACAAAGACUAUGAGCUGAAGAUGCGUGUCUACUAAAGCUUGGAAACAGCCGUCCUUGCUUCUCUCGCACACAGUGCUUAUAUCAGCUGUUUUUUUUUUGUAUACCCAGUAUAUUCGAGUUUAAAUUUGUUCAGUCUGUUACAAUAGUCAUUGACCAUGAUGGGGUUUGGGCUUCACACAACGCUAGAGCAUCGCUGAAUGGGGAGGGUGAUGUUUCCUCACAUACAUUGACUCAUAUUAAGCCAAAAGCUCUCCAUGGUGUAUACUCAUGUACGUGAUCUAUUUAGCUCUAACAAAUUUUGUUUUCAAAAG